AUGUUGGCUGCAUCACACUGUAAAACCUUCUUGCAGCAGCAAGAGAUGUCAGAUGGCAUCUUUGACAGUCUCUUAAUCUCCACUCCACACCACGUAAAUAAUUCUAUGGAUUUUGUGGACAAAAUCAGGGGAUUGUCAUUGCAGGGUGAUGAAACCAUGGUGUCUUACGAUGUGAUAUCCUUGUUCACGUGUGUGCCAACAGUAUUGGCGGUUGAGACAGUCAGGAGUCGUCUGAGCCAUGACCCCAUGUUAAGGCAGAGAACACAGCUCAACCCAGACCAGGUGAGCACUUUGUUGGAGCUAUGUUUGAAUACCACCUACUUUAAAUAUAAAGAUGUCUUUUAUAGACAGAAACAUGGUUGUGCUAUGGGCUCCCCUGUGUCUCCUAUUGUGGCCAACCUCUAUAUGGAAGAAGUAGAGAAGAAGGCAUUGGAGACGUACAGUGGAACCCUUCCGACUCACUGGUUUAGGUAUGUGGACGACACAUGGGUGAAGAUCAAGAUUAAUGAAAUUGGCCCCUUCACUGACCACAUCAAUUCUGUAGAUGAUUAUAUUAAGUUCACUAAAGAGGAGAUGAGGGAAAAGCAACUCCCAUUUCUAGAUUGUGGUAUGUACCUAGAGAAUGAAGGAGACCUGCAAGUGGAGGUUUAUCGAAAGCCCACCCACACCGACCAGUACCUGAUGUUCGAUUCUCACCAUCCUCUGGAGCACAAAUUGGGAGUAAUCCGCACUUUACAACAUAGAGCGGGGACCAUACCCACCAACCAGGAGGCAAGGAUUAAAGAACAGAAACAUAUAGAAAAAGCAUUGAAACAAUGUCACUACCCGAAAUGGGCUUUCAUCAAAGCACAAAAGAAUAAACCAAAUGACCCAAAAUCAGGAAACAUUAAGAUUAAGAGACCUAGAAGAAGUCACGUCGUUAUCCCAUACGUGGCCGGGUUGUCAGAGAAGUUCCGGAGGGUUUUUUCUAAGCACAACAUCCCGGUGUAUUUUAAACCUAAAAAUACUUUGAGACAGAUGUUGGUCCACCCAAAGGACCAGGUUCCCAAACAUCAGAAGUGUAACUUGGUAUAUGCAGUAAAAUGCACAGAGGAGUGCAAAGAUCUUUAUAUUGGGGAGACAAAACAGAUGCUUAGUAAACGUAUGUCUCAACAUAGGAGGGGGAAUUCUUCGGGACAAGAAUCAGCUGUCUUCACCCACCUACAAAAAGAGCAACAUAGUUUUAAGGAUCAAGAUGUUUACAUUUUGGACAGAGAGGAUGGAUGGUUUGAGAGAGGCGUCAAGGAGGCCAUCUAUGUGAAAGUAGAGCGACCUUCUUUAAACAGAGGUGGGGGACUGAGACAUCAUCUGUCCUCAGCAUACAAUGCUGUUUUGAGAACAUUACCCCGGCGCUUUACAGAUAAACCAACUGGCUCCCCCUAA